AUGCAAGGGACGUCUCGUAAACCGCAUCGAAAAGUCAGGACUGGUUGUCGCGUCUGCAAAACUAGGAAAAUUAAGUGCGAUGAAAAUAAGCCGUCAUGCAACAAUUGUAUCAGGCAUUCCGUACAAUGCGAUAUUAUGAUCACCAGCGCGGCAGUCACACCUGCUGCAUCGGUCCCGUCGCCUAGUCCUAGCUUUAAUGGCGCGGGGACUCCCAUGAAUAAGUUUAGCCCUAUGAGUGCUACUGGGUCAUCAAUUUCUACCCACCAAAUGCCAUUACCUUCCAUUUCCAUGCUCGACAGUCAAGCACCAAACUUUACUCUUCUUGACAUGGAACUACUUCACCAUUACACAAUAUCUACGUCUAUGACUUUGGCUUCGAGUCCUCCGAUCAGGACAUUAUGGCGAAUCAACGUUCCGGAACUUUCAUACUCUCAUGAAUUCUUGAUGCGAGGUCUUAUGGCACUUGCGGCCCUACAUAUUGCUUAUUAUAAACCAGAGAAGAGGGAUCUUUAUAUCGCGAGAGCUGCGUUUCAUCAUCAAAAGGCAUUAGCUGAUGCAAUUCCCCUGAUGAGUGACGUCAACGAUGAAAAUUGUACUUCCCUGUAUGUAUUCACUUCCCUCACCUUAGUAUACUCGAUAGGAAGUCCUCGAAGACCUUUGGAUCUCUUGAUUGUCGGCGAUAAUGAUGUAUCGGAUUGGGUAUCUCUUCUGAAAGGAGUCAGAGCUUUGACAGAUCAUGCUCCAGAUUUAAUUUACAGUGGACCUCUAAGACCUAUGUUUACAGCUGGAGGGAGACGUGAUCAAUUGAGAAAUGAUCAGGUUACCCCCCCAAACCAAGAUCUCAUCAAUCUAGCCAAAUUUCUGUCAGAAACAACGCCUGAUCCACAGGAUUUGGAAGCAUAUAUUCAAAGCAUAGAUGAGCUUCAAAGGUCUUUCGUCGUUCUUGCAAAUAGGGAUAGUCAUAGUUUCGAGUUGACUGAUGUGUUUAUAUGGCCGUAUCGAGUACACGAUCACUAUUUAGUACUUCUUCGACAAAGGACUGCGGGGGCUCUCACAAUUUAUGCACAUUUUGCCGUGUUAUUGAAGCAUCUAGAUUCAUAUUGGUACAUGAAAGGUUGGUCGGAAUAUCUAAUUGCUCAAAUUUGGGGUUUAUUGGAUGAAGAACAUCGGUUGUGGAUUAGAGGACCAAUUGAAGAAAUUGGAUGGGUUCCUUGA